AUGUUUGCGUUUGCUCCACCCGCGAAGGUUGCCCGGACGCAGCGAUCACCGCUGAGUAGUGUGGAAGAUUCAGUGGACAUGAGUCAGUUGACUGCACCGAUGGUAGCAGCAGCUGAUCCGUUUGUGUCUAUGGGUUCUGAACGUGUGAGACCGACGUCGAUGGCUGAGGCUGAGAUUCGUGUAGGAGGUGUUUCUAUUCGCCCAUCUGUGUUUCUUUCUGGUAUUGGCGAACACAGCUGUUGGAUUGUUGACGAGAAUACACGUCUUUUACGUGUAUGGAAUAUGCACAAGCCUUUCUGGCAACGCAGUGCCCCACGCAUGGCACAGAUUCCUACAUUUACAAGAGAUGAAGGAUUACCAUUGUUUGUUGCGGAACUCGGUCCUGAUGAAGAAUCACUGGCAUUCUGUACAGACUAUGGUGCCGUAUCAAGUCUUGAUCACUCUGUUGAAUUCCAAUUUGAUUGCGAAGAUGAUAGCAUUAUUGUUUCAUCCUUUGCGUGUAAACGGGAAGAAGAAGCAAUGCUUACAGCUGUGGGCACUACAUCAGGUUUAGUACUCGUUGCAGUCAAGACAGGAGGUGAACGUAUUGUUCUUGAAUUUGAUCGUGCUGAUCCUGGAGUAACAGUGCAAACUUCACCAAUGUCGUUUUCAUCAUCUCUUGGAUCUUGGUGGCGUUCAUGGCUUCCAGGUUUAACAUCAGGGAAAAAAAGUAAUAAUACUUCUCUCACUUACAGUAACAGCUCAGUUUUGAGUAGUGAAUGUAAUUUUAAAAGCAAUGCUUCAGUGGAUGCGAGUGCUCUACAUGAAUUCACAUUAUUGAAGUUUCGUGUUGAGAAACCUACUCAACUCUGGGCUGUGAGUGGAGCAUCAGAGGUAUUUUUAUUGGAUUUUGCUCCACUUCACAGACGACGUGCAAAUGAUACUCUUAUUCGUGCCAAAUGGGGUGCUAAUAUCUCUUCAGUUUUACAGCGUCAAGGACGUGUGGUGGCUUUUGACGAGUCGACAACGCAGUUGUGCUGUUUGGUUUAUCUAAUGCCAUGCAAUGGACACGAAGCAAGUUUAGAGCUCGUGAUGAUAGACAUUAAGAAUGGCACAGUAAGACAAACUCUAAGUAUGCAGUCAAUUGGUUCUUUGGCACGAACAGUAGCAGAAACUCCUUUACACCAUACUAAAGUUUAUCUUGAUGAAACAGGACAAGUAAUAACUGUACUUUCUGGUCAUUACUGCGUUCGUAUAAAUAAUAACGUAAGUGUACGUAACCCAUGUUCCAGCGAAGAUGUUCAUAUGCUUCGAGGAAUUGAAUACCCACUUGGUAGUUCUUUACUAGAAGAUGGUCGAAUUGUGACAAUAGAUAUUAGUGGACCUAUAGAAUCUGUUGUCAGCGCAGAUGAGGUGAUGAUGGAUGCUGCCGUUACUUCUACCACUGUUAAUAAUGAACAGCAAAAAUCAAUUGAGGCAUGCCGAAUGUCACAUUUUACAGGUAGGCGUGAAAAUAUGGCAAAUUUGACGCGAAAUAUAAAUAGCGUUUUAUAUGCAUUGCGCAUUGAUGCCAGAAUAUCAAUUGAUUCUGCUGUAUUAGAAGCUAGUGAGGCUAUUUGUUCAUGUCAAAGACCACAUGAAGGAAAUUGGGCAAGAGCUGAUCUUAAUGUUGAAGAUAAUAAUAUGGUUGCACAUGUAACAAAUAGUCUAGUUCACCGUCAGCAGGAACAUCGACGAUUUCUUUUAACUGUAUUAUUACAUGAUGAGAUUGAACCAUCUCUUCAACCACAGACUAUUGCGCAGCUACUUUCAACUCAGGAAGCUUUGCUCGGCAUGGUAGCAAUUAGGCGCCUUCAGAAUGAUAGUUCUUACCCACUUUCCCCCACUAAUAUUGCUAAUACAACAGCAACUACUACUACUACUAUUAAUAAUAAUAAUAAUAAUAAUAAUAAUAAUAAUACUCUUACUAUUACAGGUGUAGAGUUCGAUAUUUUGACGCCUCUUUAUCGUCAAACACCUGCGAGUUUACAAGAAGGGGGUGUAAACUCAACAGUAAAUGAUUAUAAUCGUUUGGUACGAAGCUCUUUUGAACGAGAAAAAUGUCAGCAAUUGUUACGUGAAGCCGUUAUUCGAGUUGCUGAUAAAGUUCGAAGUGAAUUGACAGAUGAAAAUUCAGUAAAUUCUCUAGGUACAGCAGCAGAAAUUGUUUUUGGAGAACCAAGUCGACUUUGUAUGUUAUUGCAAGUACUUGGAGAACACCUUGUUGAGACGCAACGCAGUGUAUUAAUGGAUCAUCGAACGAAAUUUGAAGAAGCAAUGGCUGUGGCUACUAUUUUUCUCCUUAUUGCUCGUGCAGUAGAUGAGUCACGUGGAGAUAUGGCAAAAUUUUACACUGUACCAGAUAGUGUUUCUUGUAUGUUGUGGACAAGUUCAGAGAUGGAACACUAUGGGAUUCAAUUACAAAUGGCAAGUGCAUGUACAACUUUAUCCAACGCAUUGGCAGAGGUUGUUGCUACAAGUAACAAUACUGUCAAUACCACUACCACUACUACAAUGGUUCCUAGCCAUCAAUCUGAAAAGGUUGGUCCUUCAACAUGGACUGUUCCACUUGUAGAUCAAUUACAUCUACUAGAUCUUAUUGCGUUGGUAAUGCAUUUUUCAUUCCGAAAUCACUCACAAGGAAGUUCUUCAUUUUACUCUGAUGCCAUGCGCUGUACGUUAUUCCGAGAACCCUUUUUACGUGAACCAUUAGGAUAUCCAUUUGGUGCUCCUAAACCUGCUUCAGAUGGGACACUUGGCGCGACGGUACUACAUUUGUGUCAGGAACUUGCACUAGAAUUUACUGCAGGCGAUAUCCUUGUUGCUAUUUGCCUUGCUGAACCUGUUGAGAAUCCACUGCAGGAUAUACGAAAAUACAACCAACUUGCAAAUUUCUGCGAACGCAACCCUGCUAUGUUUGAUAUUGCACUUCAUUCUCUCCUCUCCCAGCGUCGUGAGUGGGAGUUACAGUUAUUGCCGGAGUUACUGCCAACGUACCCGUCGGCGGGAGUGGCGCGUGAUGCGUUUCUGCUGCGGGCGGCGCCGCACCUCGCGUGGCUGGUGGUCCCUGGCGCCUUCGAGUCUCUCCUGGCGGACGGACUGCGGCCCCCAUUUUCUUCAUCUUCUUCCUCCUCCGCCGUUUCUUCCACAUCCGCUGCUUUUCCCACAGCCCCCUUCGCGUACGGUGGGGACGCCGCGGCGCACCGCUCCCGCUGCGUGGCCCUCGCGCGGCUCGCGUGGGUGGCGGGGGGCGACGCGGCCGGCCGCUCAUCGGCAGUCCGGCGGCUGCGGUUGGACUCCGCCCUCGUCGCGGCGCAGCGGGCGUGGCUUCUCCCCGACACCCGCGACGUCGUCCUCGGCGCCGGGGAGGCCGUCCAGCGGCUCCUGCGGCUCGAGAAGCCCGCCGCGUGGGCAGACGCCGCCCGCAUCGCCUGUCACGUGAGCGACGAGCUCCGCAGUGAUCUCAUGACGCAGAUUGUACGCCGCGCGAAGCAACAUGACGGGGAGGCGCUGAGCGAAAUUCUCCGCAAUGGCGCCAGCGAACUUGAAGUGGCACGUGGUCUGGAAGUCACUGCCAUUGGGCACGUUCUCCUCGCUGCCUCUGAACUGCAGUGUACCUCACUCUUUGCCGCUGCCUGGACAAAUGUCUUGGACGCCAAGGAGCAGCAACUGCUGUCAUCAUGGCUUCAGUUUAGAGCUGCAGGUCUGGUGUCGUAA